CAACACGACAACAGUGGUUAAGUCAGAGUGUCAGAGUCAGAAUGAUUUGACAUUUAUGAUAAUCUUUGACAAUUAGUUGAAAUGAAACAGGAGUUGUGUUAUUAUUAUAUUUAGGAAUUAUUAUUGGGUUUUCAUAUUUGCGUUUUUUAUGAAUACCUGAGACAUGGCUUCAUUAGAUGGAUUAAGUGACAUUGAUUUAUUGAAGAAUGAAUUAGAACGAUUAACAAGGGAAUUAGAUCAGGCUAGUAGUGAAAAAGUUCAAUCUGCUCAGUAUGGCUUGGUUCUACUGGAGGAAAAGAAAGAACUUCAACAAAAAUGUGAGGAACUUGAAGCGCUGUAUGAAAAUUCCAAACACGAAUUAGUCAUAACACAAGAGGCUCUAGCCAAAUUCCAGUCUAGUCAUAAAGUAAGCACCAAAACAGGUAUAGAAACUGAAGAAUCUUUGAUUACUGAGUCAGCAGCUAGAGAAACAUCUCUACAUUCUCAAAUUAUCGAAUUGGAAAAUGAGAUCAAACAGUGCCGGCAUGAACUGGAACGAGUUACCGCAGAACGGGAUCGUAUGUUACAAGAAAACAAUGAUAUGGGAAAAGACAAAGAAGAUCGAGGUAUGGAAUGCAAAAAGUUGAGAAUGGAAUUAAGAGAAGUUAAAUUCCGAGAAAAUCGUCUCAUAACAGACUACUCUGAAUUGGAAGAAGAAAAUAUUGCACUGCAAAAACAAGUUUCUGCACUGAAGAGCUCUCAGGUAGAGUUUGAGAGUUUGAAACAUGAAACACGAAGAUUACAUGAGGAAAUGGAACUAAUGAAUCUUCAGUUAGAAGAACUGACAAAUUUGAAAAAGAUUACUGAAAAGCAUAUGGAAGAGGCUUUAGAAUCGUUACAGAGUGAACGAGAGGCUAAAUACGCUUUGAAGAAAGAACUGGAUCAACAAAUAAACAGAGAAUCUUUUUAUAAUAUAAAUAACUUAGCUUACAGCAUCAGAGGCAUGGCUGAAGAAACAAAUGUUGUGAGUGACUGUGAAGAAGAUAUUCCCGGUCUCAAACACUUCGAAGCUACUCUUUGCAAUGAGAAGAACUCGGAACUUGGUUCGCCAGAUGGAAAACAAGUUGAUCUUUUCUCAGAAGUCCACCUGAAUGAACUGAGAAAACUAGAGAAACAACUUGAGUUGCUGGAGAAGGAUAAAAGUUCUCUCACUCAAAGCCUGAGAGAAAAUCAGGGGCUAGUCGAAAAAAGUCAAGGAGAACUGCAGGUAUUCCUUGCACGUCUCACCCAAAUGGCAGCACAUGUGGAUUCACUACAUCAUCUAUCACAGACAGUAGACAAAAACCUGGCAAAGCCUGUAGAUGAAGCUACAAAGGUUCUCGCUCAAUACCAACAAUGGUUCAAAAUGUCUUGCAGAGAAAUCGAACAACUCAAAAGGGAUAUAAGAGAACUUGAAAAACUUACUAAUGUAUCUGAUGCUACCUUACAACUCAGAAAUGAAAUUACCAACCUGAAAAACAAGCUUUUAGAUGCUGAACAAAAGUGUAUGGACCUCAACGGGGAUCUGAAAAUCUUGAGAGAGUUUGCAAGUGAAGCAGGAGCUUCCUUAGAUGAAACUCAAAAUAAUGUCCAGACUGUUUCUGAAGAAUUGGCUCAGUUAUAUCAUCAUGUGUGUACUGUCAAUGGACAGACACCAACCAGGGUUGUGCUUGAUCAUGAAAAGGAAGGACUGACCCCAAUGACUGAAACUGCUCCACCUAUUGGUGAAAUGUCCAAAAUAGAAUUGCUCAGAAAUCGUUUGAAAAGUGACAUACCUCUACAUGACUUGGAAACUCUGAAUGACACUGCAGUGUUAGCAAGAAAUGUUUCAACUAUAGUUGAUCAAAUCAAACAUCUUCGAAAUGCCAUUGAAAGCACCAUUGAGCUUUCGAAGGUCAAGAGAGAAAAUCACGAGGGAUCAUAUGAAUCCUUACGUGAUGAAAACAGUGAGUCAGAAAUACAGGAAUUACAAGAGCAAGUCAUCAGACUGAAGAGUUUGUUGUCCACGAAACGUGAACAAAUAGCCACACUUAGAACCGUCCUGAAAUCGAAUAAAAACACAGCCGAAGUUGCAUUAACUAACUUGAAAGGCAAAUAUGAGAAUGAGAAGACAAUUGUGUCUGAAACCAUGAUGAAGCUCAGAAACGAACUCAGGUUGCUUAAAGAAGAUGCAGCUACUUUUUCAAGUCUCCGAGCCAUGUUUGCAGCACGCUGUGAAGAAUAUGUUACACAAGUUGACGAACUCCAACAGCAACUGAGUGCAGCCGAAGAUGAGAAGAAAACUCUCAACCAGCUACUGCGUCUUGCUGUUCAACAAAAACUGAAUAUCACCCAACGUCUGGAGGAGCUGGAGGUUGAUAGAGAAAUCAGGAAUGCUCGUCGGCCAAUAAAUCGGAAUUACCAGAGGCCUGGUAGGUCGAACCGUGACAUGUUUUAGCGAAGGUCACGACCUUUAGUUUAUGCAUUCGCAUUCAUUACAACCUUCUUUAAAUUAUAAAUUAUUAUUACGAUGGUAUUGUAACAAAUAUUUCUGGUCCAGUUUCAGAAACUGUGAUAUAAACAUUUUUCGUCUAGAUACGAUGAUAUCAGUAAGUACUUAGCCAAUGAAAUUUAUGAAAAUUUGAGUGAGAAAUGGAAGUGCAAAUGAUUUCUUGGUUUUAGCAUGAAUUUCGAUUUAAAGUAUUACUUUAUUUCUCAAAAUAGAAGUGGGAAGAUAUUUAUUUCAAAAUAUAUGGUUAUUCAUAUUAUUUUUAGACAACUUCCUAUUUAUUGCAGAAACGGUUUAAGACAGUCAAGGAAACAUUAAGAGGAUUAAUUUGAGACUGAACAUUUUUUGAGUCCUGUGAAAACACUAUUUUUCAAAUUGAACGAAUGUUGUAACGUACAUUGCAAAAAGAAUGCCAGUACAAAAAUGUACUUAAAAAUUAAUAUGAAAGUGAAAGCAUCAUAUCAAGACAUAACUGGGAGUUGUAAAACUGUUUAGUCAAAAUCUCACAAUAGUGUUUUUUAAAGAAAACGUUAUGGAUUUUCGUCAAGUAUCGGCUGAUUCCAUCACAUAACUUUAAUCUCCUUUGAAAAUCCUGAAGAAAUACUUAUUUUUUAGACUUGUGAUAACCAUAAUGAAAAAGUAUCUUUUGUCAAUGAUCCUAUUAUGAAAAACUUCUUGGGCAUAAGGAGCCCAUUAUCGCUCCAAUAAUUGAAUUGAUCUUGAUCUUGUGCUUUUGUAUUGUUGGAAUUACUGACAGAAUCUAGAAACAUUCAGUAGUUUAUCAUUACGUAUCUCGGUAGUUGUAGUUUAAAUUAUUUAUGUGAACAAAUAUUCAAAGUUCUCCUAAAGAGUAUAAGAAAUUUACCAUUCCAUUGAGUAAUUUUCAAGUUCAGAACUACUGUAACAUUCAUAAUUUAUUUCAAAUAUAAUUGUGUAAAUACUUUAUUAAUGUUGAUAUUUUGAUUUUAUUGGCUUCAAACAUCACUUCAAUAUUUCAUUUUUUUUAUCUAUCUUGAAAUUUCAGCAUAAUUAUUUUUUAUUCAAACAUCACUCGAUUUUUUCCCAUAUCUACUAUAACAGAGUUGUUUAAUACUGUCGAAACAAUUGUUUAAGUAAAUACAAAAUUGCUGGUUCAAAAU